AUGGACUGGACCAAUGGAACCUCCACCGACUUCAUCCUUCUGGGGCUCUUUCCAGGGUUUGGGCACCCUGAGCUCCUGAUUCUCAUUGUUCUCCUCAUCUACACUGUUGCCUUUGCCGGAAAUUCUGUCCUGAUCCUCCUCAUCUGGCUGGACUCCCGCCUGCACACCCCCAUGUACUUCCUGCUCAGCCAGCUCUCGGUCAUUGACCUGGCUUACAUCUCCAGUACAGUGCCCAAGACGGCAACCAACUACUUUGAAGGCAGGAGAAGCAUUUCCUACUUUGCCUGUGCAGCUCAAAUGUUCUUUUUCCUCACCCUCGGCCUGGCGGAGUGCAUCCUACUGACUCUCAUGGCCUACGACCGUUAUGUGGCUGUCUGUAACCCUCUGAGGUACGCAGUCCUCAUGAGCCCCAAGGUCUGCCUGCAGAUGGCUGCUGCAGUGUGGACUGGAGCAGCUCUUGCUGCCCUGGUCCACACCAUCUACCCAAUGCAUUUCCCCAUCUGUGGCUCCAGGGAGAUUAACCACUACUUUUGUGAGAUGCCUGCCAUUCUGAGGAUGUCUUGUGCAGACACAUCGGUCUAUGAGAUGGUGAAAUUUGUAUCCACCAUCGUGUUUCUCCUGGUCCCGUUUAUUCUCAUCCUGGCCUCCUACACACUCAUAUUCCUCACUGUCCUCAGCAUGAACUCACGAAAGGGGAGGAAUAAAGCCCUGGCCACCUGCUCCUCCCACCUGAUGGUAGUGAGUCUCUACUUUGGCCAAGCCAUCUUCAUCUACAUGACACCCACAUCUUCCCACACACCUGAGCAAGACCAGGUAGGAGCCGUGCUCGGCACCAUCGUGACACCCAUGCUCAACCCCCUCAUCUACAGCCUGAGGAACAAAGAAGUGCUGGGGGCCCUGAGGAAGUGCACGGGGAGGUGCUGCCACUGCGAACAUUGCCUGUUUCUACAGUGUGACGCUCAGAAAUGUUUUAUCUUCAACUUUAAGAGUGUCCGUAACCAACUGAAAUCCUAG